UGUUCUUUCUUUUACUUAUUUGUCGUCCAUCGGUUUCAGCCAUGGGCAAGUUUAUGAAACCAGGCAAAGUUGUGCUUGUAUUGAGUGGACGAUUUGCUGGGAGAAAGGCAGUUAUUGUCAAGAACCACGAUGACGGCACACAAGACAAACCAUAUGGACAUGCUCUUGUAGCAGGAAUUGACCGUUACCCACGAAAAGUGACUAGAAAGAUGGGCAAGAAGAAGAUGAAGGACAGGUCUAAACUGAAGGCUUUCCUGAGAGUAUAUAACUAUAACCAUCUGAUGCCCACUCGAUAUUCUGUGGAUGUUAACCUCGACAAAUCUGCAGUCAACAAAGAUGCUUUCAGAGACCCAGCUCUGAAACGCAAAGCAAGGAGGGAUGUCAAAGCAAAAUUUGAAGAAAGGUACAAGACAGGCAAAAACAAAUGGUUUUUCCAGAAAUUACGGUUCUAAGUUGACAAUAAAUUAUGUUAAAAAAGUAAUUAAAAGUUGUUCAUAUUGUUAAUGAUUUAAAAGGUCAGUAAAUUGUAAGAUAUAAAAUA